GUAUCCACAAAAUGAACGUAUCCGUAAUGAUGAAAAUGUUCCUGAUGUUUCUCGCGGUCACUUCUGGAAUUUGUUUAAUUUCUUCAUUUGAAAAUCAUGUUUAUGAAGAGGGAAAAAGAUUUGGACCUAUAAUUGGCUCUAUCGUUGGACCCGUAAAUGGACCCGUCAUUGGUUCUAUCGUUGGACCCGUAAAUGGACCCGUCAUUGGGUCUAUCGUUGGACCCGUUAAUGGACCCAUCAUUGGCUCCAUCAUUGGCCCCGUUAAUGGACCCGUCAUUGGCUCCAUCAUUGGACCCGUUAAUGGACCCAUCAUUGGCUCCAUCAUUGGACCCGUUAAUGGACCCGUCAUUGGCUCCAUCAUUGGACCCGUUAAUGGACCCAUCAUUGGCUCCAUCAUUGGACCCGUUAAUGGACCCAUCGUUGGCUCUGUCGUUAGUGAAGAUGGUAAGAUGGCGGUGAAGAUGACUGAAAGAUUCUUAAAAAUUCGUGCGUUGUUGAUAAUGGGCGGAGCUGUGGCAGGUUUCUUGAUCAUCACCCGUUGGCUUCCUUACCACCCGCAAGAUGAUGAAUGCAAUGUGAAGGUAAGAGAUUCCUCGAGUGGGGAGGAAACUGAAGGUUGUUCAAGUGGGGAUGAAACUGAAGCUUGUUCAAGUGGGGAUGAAACUGAAGCUUGUUCAAGUGG